GUCUCUAUCUAAACAGUUAAUGUGGAUUAGCUCUGUAGUGUGAUGAGGAAGACCUUUCCCUCCCUUUCAAAUUGUGGGAACCAAGGAGAAACUGGUUUCUUCCACCCCGACUAAAAACAUUAUGGGUUGCUGCUGCAGUUUCGACUAUGAUGAUGACUGGGCCAUAGACGCUGAGAUUUGUGAAGUGUGUCACUAUCCUAUUGAUCCAGCCACUAAGCCAAAGAUAAACUGGUGGUUGCAGUCUAUGAUUAUGAAACAACUCAUGAAGGAGAUCUGCCGCUUCGGACAGGAGAACAACUAAGGAUACUAGAAGAGACAGGAGAAUGGUGGAAAGCUCAGUCUCUCACCACAGGACAAGUAGGCAAUAUACCAUGCAACUUUGUCGCCAAGUUGAACACACUGGAGCAAGAGCCUUGGUUUUUCAAAGCCCUCGGCAGGAAGGAUGCUGAGCGCCGCCUUCUCACUGCUGGUAAUACACAUGGUGCUUUCCUUAUUCGAGAGAGUGAAUCCACCAAAG